CUUCCGGGGUCUCCCUCACCGAAUGCUGUCGUGGGGGUCCCCGCGGAGCCCGGGAACUUUACUGCACGCAUCGAGAUUUACACGCUGCCGCGACCGAACGAGCAGGUUUGCUGGUGUUGAAUUCACCGGAUAGAUACGAUUCAGCAGUCAGCGUGUCAGGUCGGGUUCGCGAACAUCGGUGCGGUGUUUCGGAAGAAAGUUUCAAUUUCGGUGGCUGUGGUUGAUCCAAUUUUACGAUCGAGGUUGUUUGUGGACGGCGGUGUUUGGCUGGGUUUUUGUGAGUGUCUUUGUUUUUUUUCGGGCGAACGACUUCCAACCAGACAAACCCGGAGGGCUUUCGCUAAUUUGUGUAACAAAUGGUGCCGGGUGGGGAUUUCGUUUCUCCUUCGAGAGCACAGUUUCUCGCAACCGCCAGCAUACUGAUCUGCAAGACUGGAUAGUGAAGCAUGGCAUGUUAGGUAUGCUGCUUGCUUGCUUGCCUGCCCGCCGUCCAUGUCCAUGUUUACCACGUCUCGUGCCGGUAGAAAUUUGUACCAAUAGUGAGAAGAUAACAAAACAACCACCUGUGUCUGUGUUGCGAACAAAAGCGGAACGAAUGGAGCAGCCAGCAGCAAACUAAGAUAAACAGAGUGGUAAACACACGAAGCAACAGCUAUAAACCCGAACCUGCCCACCCGCUCGCGGAAAGCUCGCUCGGAAUCGGAAAUCGACCUGGCCCUGGAGCUGAUAAGAUAGCACAUUAUCUUAAUGCAAAUCCGAUCUGCAUCAGCGGGGUGUGCUGUGGUGGUGGUGGUAGCAAAGGGAGUAACAGCAGCAGCAGCAGCAACAGUUGUCAUCGAUUUGCGGUGGAGAGUGCGCGCCUCGCCGAACAACGUUUAGUAUCUGACAGCCGGCUGGCGGUUACUAGUCGUCACGUUAGUGCAUACGUUAUCGCUGCGGUGAACGGCACAAACUAGCCGCCCUUGAAAGGGCUCACGAGUGACGUGGACGUUUCUGGAGAGUUGGCAGAAUUGAAGGAUUAUUAUUUACCCCGGGGAAGAAAGGUAGACUUGACUUCCUGUAGGGGUCAAGUGUUAAGUGAACUGAGAUUAGAUUUAAUUGUGCCUAAGGUUACUAGUGAUCUGCGACAAUGACUCCACCACCACCGCCACCUCCACCAGCACCUGGAGCUUUGCCUCCGGCAGCUCCAACAUUGCCCGGCGCCUCCACUCCGUCGUCGAAAGCUGUCAGUAACGGUGGCGGAUCACCGCCGAUCGCCGAUCAUAACGAUCAGCUGAUGGCAGCGAUUCGUAACGGAAUAGCCCUGAAACCGGCCAAAACCAACGAUCGUAGCACUCCAGCGUUCAUCAAACAGUCAAACGGUGUACUCGAUGAUCACGAAGAAACGGCGCCAUCCGUUGGCUACGACAAAUCUACCUCCAUUGACGAGAUGAAGGAUGCGCUGCAGGCCGAGCUGCGGAACACGCUGAAGCGAAAGAUUAAGAAGCAAGACCUGGAGGAAGGUGAUUGUCGGAAGAACGACGAAAUCGAACGAGCCAUCGAGCACACGCGCAACGAGGUGCAGCUGAAGCUGAACGGACCCUCUCCAACGCCCGAUACCCCCAAGGUUGACAACCCAUUGAAAACGAUCGUCGAUAUGGUCGAUAAGGAACGUGGAGUGGUCGCUGCUCCUAGCAAGCAACCCAGCCCGCAGAUGGGGCAGAAAAAAUCGGUUUCGGUCCCAUCAACUCCAACCGUUCUUAAGCCAGUCGUUAAUGGUACUUCCACACUGCGAAAGGUGUCUGCCGGUCAAUAUCCUGCCCAAAAUGGAACCACCACCACAGUCAUUCAUAUAAAUCCUUCGACGCGGAAUGACAAUCCUACGCCCGUUGUAACUCCAGCACCGAUCACGAAAACAACCAUUGCAACGGUCAAUACGGCGCCGGUUCUUCUUGGUACUAACACGGCCAGGGGAAUCAACGGGGUUGGUGCUGUGGGAAUGAAAAGUCCAACACCAUCUGCCCCGGUGGGCAAACUGAUUUCAAACGGAUCUUCGGCUACGGAUAGUCCAAAAGCUCUGCCCGUAUCAUCAAGCGUACCGUCCAAAGUAAAUGCUAGUCAAACGGCUGCUUCGGUAAAGGCGACACCUAGUCCUGGGAAAAUGGCAAAUGGGAGCCUUCCCUCGGGUAACGCUGCUCCGAAUGCGAACGGAACCGCGCUCAAGGUUAACAGCUUCCAGUCGAAGCUACCACCAACGAGUCCUACCAUCAAUUCAAACAAAACUUCCGUCGGAAAUUCUUACUCGAACACCCUUCCAAGAGCGAACGGAGGCUCUGCCUCGAAGGCCCUUCCCAAAACUUCGACCGGAGCUAUCCCACCUGCGUACACCAGCUCCGUGAAGGUAUCCAUCGGCAGCUUUGGAGAUAGUUUGCGCUCCAACACAACCACCGCCACCGGCCCCGUUUUGCAGAACGGUCAUCACGCCAAAUUUGAGCCCCUCACCAUCGACACAACCUCCAACGGUGGUUCCACCAACGGAACUUCCUCACCAACCACUCCGAAGGAACUGCUCUCGCCCCAGGUGAGAAGUGGUGCAGCAUCGAUACGGCCGUCCCAGAUACGCACGCUAACCAAGGCGGGCAGCGUGGUCAGCCACACCGACAUCCUGGACACAACGAAACCCAUCACCAAGUACCCGGUUACGUUGGUAGAACCGGCACCCGUCCUCACGGCUGCCGCUGCCGUUUCCCCACCCCCGAAGGUGUCCACCACCACCACCACGGGCAACGCGUCACCCGCUAAGGAGCGUACAGCGCUGUACGAGAAGGCAAACAAAGAUCCACCCAAGAGCCCGUUGAACCGGUGGACCGACGGCGGUUCCGUUUCCGGUGGCACGGCACGCAAACUGCUGCUCACACACGGACGACCCAACUUCACGAUAAAGCGCUCCAACUCGCGGCAAGGUUUCGAUGUGGACGAACCGGAUGCGAGGGGCGAAUCCGUCAAGCCGGUGUUUCGCAUUCUGACCGACCUGGAGCGGAUGGAACAACAACAGGAUGACACAGGCCACCAGCGCCCCGGGCAGUCAGCACAGGUUGCGGCGAAUGCACCGCAGCAACCGUACGUAUCCUUCGCGAAGGAUCUCUCCAACGCACCGAACAAUCAUCCCGAUGUGAUCGUGGUGACAAAGCCGAGCACCAGCACGAGUGCCCCGACGGAUCCGUUCCUGGCGAACCUGAAGGACAUAAAGAUUGACAUCGGCGAGAUGAAGAUAGUGAACGCGAAGAAUGCAUAGAUGGCAUCCGCACGAAUCGUGCCCAAUGCCGGUGAAAGGCACGGGUUUAGGGGAGCAUAGAAACACACGCAAACACCGUGUAUCCGAUAGUUGCUAAUGUAAAAUGUACUAUGUUUUGUCUAAUGUUGUCUUUAUAAAUAAAUAUUACAAUUGUAAAGCUA